UAUCCUCUUCCAAACACAGCCAGCCAAUCAAUACCACCCGAAAUCUGAACCAAAUGAGAGGACAAAGAAUGAUGUGGAAGAGAAGAAGAAGAGGAAGAAGCCUUCUGAACUUGAAUCCUUGUUGAUCCUCAUGAUGGGAACCAUUUUUCCUCCUCACUCUCUCUCUCCACUCCUCAACAUCAAACCUUCACCCUCAAGAAUCCUCUUGUCUCCCUCUCUCCAACCCAAGUCAAAUUCUCUCUUUUGCUCCAAACCCAUUGUUUCCAGUCUCAAAAAGAACCAAACUUCAUCACUCAAACCUUCCCCAUGCACAAGCUGGUUGGCUCAUGCUCAACAAGGCCUAGCAGCUUUGGCUAUCUCCUUGGCACUCAACUUUAGCCCCCUUUUGUUCAGUGGCAAUGCACUGGCAUCUGAGUUUGAUGUGCUUAACGAGGGUCCACCCAAAGACUCUUACGUGGUUGACGAUGCAGGAGUGCUUAGUAGGGUGACCAGGUCUGAUUUGAAGCGGUUACUGUCUGAUUUGGAAUCAAGGAAGAACUUUCACAUCAAUUUUAUUACAGUUAGAAAACUCACGAGUAAAGCUGAUGCUUUUGAGUAUGCUGACCAAGUCUUGGAGCGUUGGUAUCCUUCUGUAGAAGAAGGCAACGACAAAGGUAUUGUGGUUCUUGUCACCAGUCAGAAAGAAGGAGCAGUUACUGGUGGCCCUGCUUUUGUCCAAGCUGUGGGGGAAAAUAUCCUUGAUGCCACCGUCUCUGAGAACCUUCCAGUAUUGGCCACGGAUGAGAAGUACAAUGAAGCUAUUUUUAGCACUGCUAAACGGCUAGCUGCUGCCAUUGAUGGGCUUCCAGAUCCUGGUGGGCCAACAUUUAAAGACAACAAGCGUGAGUCUAACUUCAAAACCAAGGAAGAGACAGAAGAGAAGCGUGGACAAUUCACUCUUGUAGUUGGAGGUUUGUUGGUCAUUGCAUUUGUUGUUCCUAUGGCACAAUACUAUGCUUAUGUAUCCAAAAAGUAAAAUAAUAUAACUACGCCUCUCGUUCAAAUUCUCACUCUUUAAAGUCAGAUGUAUAAUGUGCAGUUGUAACCAUGCUCAUAUUACAAUUGAGUUUGGGAAAGCUGAAGAAUAAGAUGAGAUUUUUUGCUUGUAAAUGUAAUUCUAAAGUAUAUUCACUUAACUAUUUUUAUAAUCCGGUUGAUGUUCUUAAAGUCAGGUAGAACGAGUUCUAUUC